AUGGCUGCUAUGUCGUCCGCCCAGAUCAUCUCCGCCACAGCCUUCCACAGUAAAAUGGCCCUUGCCCGGGGCCCUGGCUGCCCAGCAGUCUCAGGGUUUUGGCAAGGAGCUUUGCCGGGCCAAGCCGGAACAUCCCACGAUGUGAAACCCUUCUCUCAGCAAACCUACACUGUCCAGCCUUCGCUGCCUCUGCCAGGGUUCGAGUCUCCUUCAGGAGCCGCCCCGUCGCCCUCAGCACCCCCAGCACCACCAUGGCAGGGCCGCAGCGUGGCCAGCUCCAAGCUCUGGAUGCUGGAGUUCUCUGCCUUCCUGGAGCAGCAGCAAGACCCCGACACGUACAACAAGCACCUGUUCGUACACAUUGGCCAGUCAAGCCCAAGCUACAGUGACCCCUACCUGGAAGCCGUGGACAUCCGCCAGAUCUAUGACAAGUUCCCAGAGAAAAAGGGUGGCCUCAAGGAGCUCUUUGAACGGGGACCUUCCAAUGCCUUUUUUCUCGUGAAGUUCUGGGCAGACCUCAACACCAAUAUGGAGGAUGAAGGCAGCUCCUUCUACGGGGUCUCCAGCCAGUACGAGAGUCCCGAGAACAUGAUAAUCACCUGCUCCACCAAGGUCUGCUCAUUCGGCAAGCAGGUGGUGGAGAAAGUGGAGACAGAGUACGCCCGCUACGAAAACGGCCACUACUCCUACCGCAUCCACCGGUCCCCGCUCUGUGAGUACAUGAUCAACUUCAUCCACAAGCUGAAGCACCUGCCCGAGAAGUACAUGAUGAACAGCGUGCUGGAGAACUUCACCAUCCUGCAGGUGGUCACCAACAGAGACACACAGGAGACUCUGCUGUGCAUUGCAUAUGUCUUCGAGGUGUCAGCCAGCGAACACGGGGCUCAACACCACAUCUACCGGCUGGUGAAAGAAUAA